CUCCCCCUUCCUCUCAUCCCACCACACUCACUCCCCAUCCAAUCUUCUAGCAGGAUUUCCUCCGACCAAUGGCCUCACUAGCCGCCGCCGCCCCACCAGCCAUCGGCCACUCCGAGAUGCUCGGUAUCUCCCUUGGCUCAAUCUCCACCGUUCAUGCUGCUGCUGCGCCUUCUUCCUCAGCCGCCGGCUUGAAGAUCGUUGCUCUCUUUUCAAAGAAAGCUCCGGCCAAAUCGAAGCCUGUUGCCGCCUCUCCGAUCAGUGAAGAACUGGCCAAGUGGUACGGUCCUGAUAGGAGGAUAUUCUUGCCGGAGGGGCUUCUUGAUCGAUCUGAUGUGCCGGAAUACCUUACCGGAGAAGCGCCUGGAGACUAUGGCUAUGAUCCUUUUGGGCUGAGCAAGAAACCAGCUGACUUUGCCAAAUACCAAGCUUUUGAACUCAUCCACGCAAGGUGGGCGAUGCUUGGGGCUGCAGGCUUCAUCAUACCGGAGGCCUUUAACAAAUUCGGAGCAAAUUGUGGCCCAGAAGCAGUAUGGUUCAAGACCGGCGCUCUUCUCCUCGACGGUAACACACUCAACUACUUCGGCAAGAACAUUCCGAUCAACCUAGUCCUCGCCGUCAUCGCGGAGGUCGUCCUCGUCGGCGGUGCAGAGUAUUACAGAAUCACCAACGGCCUCAAUCUGGAAGACAAGCUACACCCCGGCGGACCCUUUGAUCCUCUAGGUCUGGCGAACGAUCCGGAUCAGGCCGCUCUGCUGAAGGUGAAGGAGAUCAAGAACGGGCGUUUGGCCAUGUUCGCCAUGCUCGGGUUCUUCAUUCAGGCUUAUGUGACCGGCGAAGGGCCCGUGGAGAAUCUCGCCAAGCAUCUCAGCGAUCCAUUUGGGAAUAAUUUGCUCACCGUUAUAUCGGGAUCUGCGGAGAGAGUUCCCACUCUCUAGUUUUGUGAGCUCUGGUUUAUUAGGGUAUUGUAGAGUUUUCAAUUUCAUCCGAUUGUUGGUGAGGAUGUUGUCCCGAGUUUGUUGUUAUUCAUUGAAUUAUAAACUGGUUGGGGCAGAUCUUUAUUAGAAA